AUGCUCAACGAACCGGACAUCGGCACCGGAAUGUUAUAUGCCCCGAGUUUAUUUGCUACGCUAGCCCACACGAGUGUGGACUGGCAAUACCGCGCCUAUUUCGAAAAAGGCACAGGUCUUGCUCAUCCAGGAGGCUUCCUGUAUUACACUCAAGGCAAAGUUCUUGGGGGUUCAUCUGCAGUAAACUAUGAAAUCUACUCUAGAGGUGUACCCGAAGAUUUUGAUGGAUGGAAUGAAAUUGCACCUGGCUGGGAUUGGAACACUGUUCUUCGCUAUUACAAGAAAUUAGAAGGAAUGACAGAUCCUUCUGUCUUGUAUGAUCGUCGUACAGCGCAUUUACAUUCCGCCAAAGGCCCUGUAUUAGUAUCUAGACCUCAAACUAACAUCAUAUAUGCUGAGAAAAAUGAAAUCUUUUUGGAUUCACUAGAAGAAAUAGGCGUGAAAAGAAUCCUAGAAAUUAAUGGUCCUGAAAAAUUUGGAGCUGCAAUUCCACAUUUUACUUUUGCGAAUGGAAGAAGAUCUAGCACUGCAGAGGCUUAUUUGAGGUCGACAAAGGAUCGACCUAAUCUUAAAGUAGCUAAGUACACUAGAGUCACUAAAGUUUUAAUUGAAUCAGAAAGGAAACACGCCUAUGGUGUUCAAGUUCUACUAAAAAAUGGAAAGAUGAUUGAAAUAUACGCUAACAAAGAAGUUAUAGUUUCUGCAGGAUCAGUUAACAGUCCGAAACUUUUAAUGUUAUCAGGAAUUGGGCCAAGAAAAGAAUUAAAAAAACAUCAUAUAAACAUAAUUGCGGAUUUGCCAGUUGGAAAGAAUCUUCAUGAUCAUAUCACUGUGAGCAUUGUACUUGCCGGUCAAAGUGGGUUACAGACUGUGGUUCAGAAUUUAGCUGCAGUAACAGAACUUGGAUCAUACCCUAUACCAGUACAAUGUGGUUUUUUUCGAGUUGAUAACUGUAGUUAUGGUUUUCAAGAUAGGAGGCCUCAAUUUCAGAUUUUCAAUAUUCAUUCGGGCGUAGGAGCUUCACCGAGCAUUUUUGCUGUCUGUAAGAAUGUUGGUAACCUGGAUGCACCGUAUUGUUUAUCAACGGCGGAAGUUAAUUUAAAUAGAGAAAUAGAUAUGACCCAGUUGGUGAUGCUGCAUCCCUAUUCAAGAGGCCAAGUAUCUCUUAAAAGUAAGAAUCCCCUUGAUGAUCCUUUUGUCGAACUAGGAAUCUACAGAGAUCCAAGAGACGUGGAAAAUUUUGUUCAGGGUGUCAAAUUCAUAGCACGUUUGAUAAAUACAUCUUAUUUCAAGAAAGUGAAUGGAUAUAUUCCAAAAAUUCCUGUGACUGGUUGCAACCACUUACUUUGGGGCACUGAUCAUUAUUGGAGAUGUUUUGUGAAAAAUACUCCAGGGACAUUGCUCCAUCCUGUAGGAACUUGUGCUAUGGGACCAUAUGGCGUUGUAGAUAAUACUUUGAAAGUACGUGGCGUCUCAGGGUUACGAGUUAUUGAUGCUUCUAUUAUGCCAGAGAUUACAAGUGGCAAUACCAAUGCCCCAACAAUGAUGAUAGGAGAACGGGCAACAGAUUUUAUUAAAUUAGAACACUUGGCACAUACUUAUAAGUACGAGUAUCAGUAUAAUAGCAAAUUGAACGCAGAUGAUGAGUGGGACGAAGAACAAAUGAAUUAUUUUAAGAAGUAAUUGCUAAUAGAUUACUUUUGGAUCACUAUAGCCAGUAAUAAUAGCUUGUAGCUAUUCUUUCAAUUUGUUUAGGCUCGUGAAAAUUUAGCUCUAGUUUCGUAUUUUUAGAUAGACGCCGCAAGUACAGCUAUUUGUAUGAAAACCAAGCGUGCCACAUCUUUUGUACCCGCUAUGACGUCACAAGAACUAUUUAGUAUGGG